UUGUCAUGUCAUGUUUUGAGAAUGAAAGGUGCACUGAUGGCAAGAGACAUUAAAGUGACUAAUGAGUCUGCUUUUUUCCCCCCUAAAUUACUACCAGAAAUUUCAGCUUCUAGCUAGAGAGUUGUGUGUCACCUGCCAAAAAACUGUCUAUCCAAUGGAGCGUCUUGUUGCAAACCAGCAGGUGUUUCAUAAUUUCUGCUUCCGCUGCAGCCACUGCAACACUAAGCUGAGCAUUGGGAAUUUUGCUUCACUACAUGGGAAUGUGUACUGCAAGCCACACUUCAGCCAGCUCUUCAAAUCCAAAGGUAAUUAUGACGAGGGAUUUGGUCAUAAGCCACACAAGGAGCUGUGGAUGGCCAAAACUGAGUGUGACACUACAGAACACAAGAAUGAAGUUGCCACGAAUAAAUCUGAGACCAAAACUGAGGACUCUGGAGUAGAUGAGCUUUCCAUACUCAAGGUAGGUGUUUUGGCUGCCAGCAUGGAGGCCUUAGUUACUAGUACUCCACCAGAAAAGAUGGAGAAACCUGUUGAAACAAGAAAAUUAAAAAUAGCUUGGCCACCACCUAAUGAAGCAGUUAGUAAAGGAAUUGGCUCUUCUGAAGAGAGCCUCCGAGUUAACAAACCAAAAUGGCCUCCAGAGGAUGAUUUCCAACACCUGACCAAGAGAAACUCUGAAUUCAUUGGUACGUCCAGACUGAGGCGAAGCGCUUCUCUGAAAGAACGAUGUAGACCAUUUACCAUUGCUGCACCUCUGAGACCUAUAGCCAUUAAAGAGCCAGGAAGAAAUCCAUCUGCUAAAAAUACAACACAGGAUCUGAUCAUUAAAGAAAGAGAAGCCAAAAGACAGACUGAUGAAUGGAAGAAUGAACAAGAGUCAACUCUGGAAAAUGAGCAUGAGCAACCAGUGACUACUGAGCUCAAGGGCAUGCAAGAUGAUUUGGUGACUGAAAAGGUUGUAGAAGUGAAAAGCAACAAAAAGCUGCUUCAAGAUAAGGAUGUAGAGGAACUUCACCUCCACAAGGAAGAGGCCAGAGAACCUGACUUUCUGGAGUGUGAGGAGCAGAAAUCCAAUCAAAAAAUGGUUGAAUUGCAAACUUCUGGAGAGACAGUUAGCUCAAAUGAGCAUGUUCCAGAGAAUGAGAGAAAACUGGAAGAUAUUGGUUUUUGGGAUGGGGAUGAAACUGAAGUGGAGGGAUUCUCCAGCAUCUGCAGAUAA